AUGUCGACCAUCAGCGAGUCUCAACAUGCCACGAAGUUUGACCCUCGUCCCACAGAUAUCAUUGUGGCGGUGAUGGGAAUGACUGGCUCAGGCAAAAGCACAUUCAUCUCCCAUUGCAUGGGGGUGGAUCUCGGCAUUGUUGGCCACGGUCUCCAAGGAUACAGCGAUGUGCUCAAGGCCAUCGGUACCUGGAUGGGUGAUACGUACUCGAAGGACAUCAAGCUCAACGGCAUCAUAUACUUGCACCGGAUCACUGAUCCUCGUAUGGUAGGGUCAGCCAAGAAGAAUCUCAUCAUUUUCAAGAAGCUGUGUGGGCAAGAUGCUCUCAAAAACGUCACUCUGGCCACCACGAUGUGGGAGGCUGUCCCGCAAUCAGAUGGCGAACGCCGAGAGCACGAACUGCUUGAAACCCAAGAUUUCUGGGGCUACAUGCGGUCAAACGGUGCCAAAGUGGAAAGACACUACAACAACCGAGAGUCUGCCCUGCAAAUCCUCAGCAAGUUCUUCACAGAAGAACAAGUUGUCACUGCCAUGCAAGAGGAACUCGUGAAUGGCAAGAAGAAGUUGUCGGACACCGAAGCUGGCAUGGAGUUGAACAGCGAGUAUCGCAAGUUGGAAGAGAAACUGAAUAGGCAGUUGCAGGAUAGAAUGGACGAACUUGAGGAGGCACAGAAGAAGAAGGAUUACGAAAGUACAGUGUUUCUGAAGGAAUGUCGGAAACAGCUAAACGACCAGCUUGCGCAGGUUUCGCAGCAGCGGGAAGAUCUGAACGUGACACUGGCCAAGAUGCUCGCCACCAGCACCUUUCCCAUUGUUCGCGCGCCAGGGGGUUUUGAUAGUAGUGCCAGGAGGCCCAGCUACACUGGUAACGCAGGCCAAGCAGAAGCAGGAAGGUUGUUAAACCCAUACCUGGACCCGAGAGCAUCCGGCAACACUCCUUCCAUCCGAGUUCGACGCUCCGUCGUUCCUUCACUGUCGUCGAAAGUGGAGUUCUGCCAAGCGAUAAUGACAGAACGGAAAGCAGUCGUCCCUUUAACUCAGACCAUGAUCCUUGCGAGUCUCAACGCUUGGCAAAUCAGAGACUCCGGAGUGUGCGACGACGGCAGGCGAGACGAACCAUCAAUCGUCCAUCAGCACUAAAUGGAAGCCAGGACUGUGGCAGCAAGUGCGGGGUGAAGAAGUUCAGCUGUCACUCGGGGGCAAGAGAGAAAGGAAAAAGGGGGGAAACGAGGACGUAAAAAGAGGUGGAAAGGGUCAGAAGCAGAGCUGCCAU